ACCGAACAAACUUUUUUUGUCGGUAAUCAAUUUUUUAUGACUGCUUUUAUGAGCGGCAUGUACAUAUAUAAUCUAAAUGCAAUUGUUAAAGCCAGAAUUAAAGCAUCGCAGAAAUCGAGGUGUAUUUGAAAAGUGAAUGAAAUAAAUACAUUUUAUUUGAAUUAUUAAAUCAAAGUGAUGUGUUGUGGUAGCUUGUGAAUAUUACUUAAAUUUUUAUGUUAUGGAAGAGCGCAAUGCGUUGCCACAUCAUUCGAGGACCUUAUCGAAUAAUAUCCUAGUGUUAUCAACUCAGUAAAGGAACGAAACAAACGUUGGAAUAGACAUGCAUACUUCUACAGGGCUCCAUUGCAGUUUUAAUAGAAAUCGUUCCCAAGAUAAUGGGCUAAUCCUUACAGGGCCGACCCGGACUUAAAUAUGGCCAGCAUUCCCCAAGCAUUUAUUUAUUGGGAAUGUGUAUGCUGUUACCACAACAACCAUACCUUUUAAGUCAAUUAAAAAAGAACAAUGCUGGCUAUUUUUUUUUUUUACGAGUAUGCUUUGUAUUUUACUUCAAAGAAUAUUAAAUAAUAAAUUUCGUACAGGAGCGAAGCUACCGGCGGCAAUCGUAAACUUCGAAAAUUACUCAAACCGAAUAAUAAAGAUUAUUUAAAAGUAUGGCCCAGAAACUAUGCAACUGCGUUUCUACUUUACCAAAAGGUCUACUCAAUAAUAUCUUCGAUAGCCUAAAGACAUCAGUUUGCUGCUUCUCCAAUACUCAAAUACGUUUGGCAGAUAUGAAUGAUCCUAUGGACCAUGCGACUGGUAUCGAAAAACGCGAAUUAGAACAGUUUAAGGCGGGCAAUAAGGAUCCUUGGUUGCUUGAUACGGUCUUAAAACGCGGCCCUGGCACUAAGGAGCAACCAACUAUGAUUCCAUCCGCAUUUGAUGGGCGUAUUGUUGGGUGUUCUUGUAAGGGGAAUCGCUUUAUAAAUUGGAUGUGGUUGGAAAAAGGUGAACCCAAACGAUGUGAGUGUGGACAUUAUUUCCAGCUAAAGGAAAUAAAGCCAGUAUAAAAAUAAAGUAAAUGUUUAAGAAAUGUAUCUAACUUGGAAUAUAAUUAUUUACUCAUUAUAUUAAAAACAAAAUUUGUAUGU